AUGCCUGUCCCUCAAACUCACAUUCCAGGUCUCGGGGAGAAAACAGGGAACUCACAGAGAGUCAGCGGGUGCUGGCUCUCCACAGGUCAGGAGGGCGGAGACAAGCCCCCGGCUGCCAGGCUAGAGGAGGAGGAACCACUGCAGAGUUCAGCCCCCCACACUCGGGAAGCCCCAAGUGAGGACGUGCCCCUCUCCUGCGCUGCUCCCGGGGAGAAGCAGCCAUCAGAGGCCCCUGGAGAAGUAGCUGGGGCCGGUGCUGGGAGAGCCUGCCAGCGCCAGGGCUCAGGGGCUCUCCGCAAAGACAGAGCCCUGGGCCCGCCUAGACCCCAGCCUCAGGGGGAAGGGCAUCCUCUCCCGGUGCGAGAGGGGAAGCUGGGGAAGAGGCCCUACUCUCCAGCCGCCGGUAAGCAGAAAAAGCCUAACGCUGUGGGUCUGGACUCCACGGCAUCUCCCAGUGUCGCUAACCCAGCCCGGGCCACGUACAACCCAGUGCCUUGUGGGUCAGGCCGGGGCUCCUGCCAUCUGGCCAACCUCCUCAGCACGUUGGCCCAGAACAGCCAAAACACAGACCAGAAGAAGUCCCCGGAUGUGACCUGCCAAGGCCGGAAAAAGACGCGGACUCUAUACCGCUCGGACCAGCUGGAGGAGCUAGAAAAGCUCUUCCAAGAAGACCACUAUCCGGACAGCGAUAAGCGCCGGGAGAUUGCCCAGACGGUGGGAGUCACCCCCCAGCGCAUCAUGGUAAGGGCACUUGCCCUCAGUCUCGGGACAUCAUGGGACAGCGGGACCGAGCCUCAGGCUCUACCCUGUUUCUCAGGCUCCUCGGGUGUCUCUCCCCUACAGGUGUGGUUCCAGAACCGCCGGGCAAAGUGGCGAAAAGUGGAGAAAAUGACCGGGAAGGAGAGCACGGACGCCGCUGCCGGCCCCGCCCUCAGCCCCGCCAGCACCCAGUGCGGUUCUGCAGCCGGACCGCCACCUGCUGUGCCCGCGGACCGGGAGCCUGGGACCUUCGCUCAGGAGUCCCCACUGGAUCCCCUUCCAGAGCCCCCCAUGCUGCUGACAUCUGACCAGACUCUGGCCCCGACCCAACAGAGUGAGGGUGCCCAGAGGGUGGAAGUGACUCCACCACUCUUCAGCCCCCCACCUGUCCGAAGAGCCAACCUUCCUUUCCCCCUCGGCCCCGUGCACACCUCCCAGCUGAUGUCUUUGCUGCUGGAUACCCCAGGCAACGAGAGCAGCCGCAAGGAUGGCCCUUGUGGGUCGUGGGGGACAAGCGUCACGCCACCCCCCGCCUGCUCGUACUUGGAGGAGCUGGAACUCCAGGAAUAUCAACCCAGCAGCCAGCCAGGACCGUUCCAGUUCUCCCAGGCUCCACAGAGCCAGCUUUUCCAACACCCCCAGCCCCCGUUUCCAUACCUGCACCCCUUCCCCUUCCACAUGCCCAGCUCCCUGACCCCUCCACUGCUGGAAGACUCUCUGUCUGCACUGUCCUAUGGCCCCAGCGGGGGCGCGCCCCAGGGCUACUUCCCGGGCCCCCCAUCAGGGCAGAUCCUGCGGCAGCCACCCGCUGGGAACAUGGGUACAGUCCCCUGGAAUGACCCCUGCUUGCCAGACCUGCCCUUCCCCAGUUCCUUCUGUCCACCAGCUCUGGGGGGCCCCCCGGGAGGGGACGGCUACUUCCUGGAUCUGUUUGCAGCCCCUUGUGCUCAGGCUUCGAGCAGGCAGUCUUCUCCAGGCCUCACCCGGCUUCCUGAAGGGACCAGGCCCGGCGCGGAGCCCCUACUCAGCAAGGCCCAAGAGGAGCUGCCCACCGCCGCUGUGGAGCUGCCCUCAGCCCCCGAGGAGGGCCGAGAGGAAGACCAGACCGGCCAUGGCCCCUAG